CUCGGGAAUUCUGAAUGUCUUCUACACAGGAUUCUGUCUGCGGUCUGUCUUCAUGGUAAAAGAAUGGAUCUAUUGCCCCUCUUCUUUAUGCUCGUGUUAAUCUCUGUUUGUAAAGGCCAGCACCACGACAGCUGCGUUCAGCCUAAAGAUCAAUACAUCCAAGCGGGAUCCAGCACCGAGGUCGUGUGCAAGACCUCAUGCGUGCACGGAGGAAUCUUCUGGAAAAUCAACAGCAAGCCCGUCCACGAAGGCUGGUCGCAAACUAUCAACUCCACGCACGCGGUCCUGUCCCUGAGGAACCUCACUCUCCCCUCGGCGACAGUGGAGUGUCGCAGCGUGGAAACGCAGCAAAUAGUUGGAGGCGUCAUCAUCAAGACAUACAAGAAGCCCGGAAACAUCUCGUGCGUAUUCCACUACGACAGCGAAAGCAGUGUCGGCGUGCCAGAGCUGCUGACCUGCACCUGGGAGCAUCAAACGCCUCCUCGAGAGAAAGUGAACUACACCGUCCUGACUUCUGCUGUUUCGCACACUUCCCCAAUUGAAGUCUGCAAGACGAAAGUAACAAACUGCACAGUGAGAGAUUUCUACACCUCUGAACGGAUAGGAAUUUAUGUUGGAGACAAUUUCACAGUGACAGUGAGAGCCAAAGGUCAAGCGUGGGAGGUUCACUCCGACUCAUAUGAGUUUAAUUUAGAUCAGAUUUUGAAAAUCAACCCUCCCAAGUUUUCUGUAGCGACUUCCUCUGAUCAUAUUUUGGUUGAGUGGACUCGACAGCGCACGACACCGAAGCAUCGAUGUCAGGUCAAAUACAGAAAGGCUCCAUCAGCUGAUGAAAGAACUCCAGUGUGGAUGAGCAACAAGACUCUGAUUACUGAGCUGAACGUUACAAUCCGCAUUGAAGAGAAGCUGGAGUCCUGCACGGAAUACAGGGUGUCGGUCCGCUGUGGUCUGGGCGAGGCCCCCUGGAGUGACUGGAGCCGGGAGAAGACAGUCCUCACCAAACUCAACAAAAGUCAGAUCAGGCUGCGGCUGUGGAGGAAGGUGACUGAAGUACGAAGUGAUGGAGUAAGAAGAGUUUGUGCCAUGUGGACGGCCAUUCCUGCAGCAUGUCCAGGCAGAUUUACAUAUGAGAUCAAUCAGAUCUCUCUUGAUCAAGAACAUGCAGUUCAAGGGAGUCAAAUCUACACAUCGCGUGGAAACUCAACCUGUGACGUUACUGUGAACCGAGACGCACGCAGAAUAAAUCUCACAGUCUUCCGUGAUGAAGUCCCGCUCGCUGAAGACUCGGUUUAUGUUCCAGCUGUUGGAGAGAGCCUCCCUCAGGUUACCGACAUCCAGACCUCCGCCCGGGACGGAGUCAUCCUGGUGAACUGGAAGGCUCCCAAUCAGUCUGUCAGUGGUUACAUGAUUGACUGGACCCAUGAUGGGAAUCAGUACUUCUGGGAGGAAACCAAACACACUAAUGCAAGUCUGUUUGGCCUCUUGGACAAGGAGCCAUAUAACAUCACUGUAACGCCCCUCUUUGACGACAAGGCGGGUCACGGCACCCAAGCCCAACCGACCUGCUCCGGAGUGGGAGAUCCAGGCACUGUUGUGAUCACCGGUGGUCAGGCUUCUGACAGAACUGCUGAUGUGAGUUGGGAAACGCAGUCGGAGGGACCGUGCAGCGCUGCUUUUGUCAGCUAUACGGUGUUUUACAGGACUCAGGAUGGACCGCUGCUCAACAUGACUGUCGAUAGCAAGAAGCAGAAGGUCGUUUUGAAGGAUCUGGAACCAGACACGCUGUACAGAGUGUAUGUCGAGGCCACGGCCCUCACCGGAGUGACCAGAAGCAUAAACGAAAGGGUCGUCAAGACCAAUAAAUUUGAUCCAAACUUCAUUACAGUGUUGACUGUGUGUGGAUGUGUCCUCAUAUUGCUGGUGUUAUUUCUCGGAUUAUGCUGCGCUGUUCAGUGGAAGAGAUUCCGGGAUAAGCCUGUGCCAAAUCCAGGCCUCAGUUCCGUGGCGUCGUGGUCGUUGUCCGCUCAGCAAAAGAGUAUGUGCCUCUUCCAGCCAUUCAGUAACCCAUGUGAAAGCACGUUUGAUAAGGUGUACACGGAGCAAACGCCAGAUUCAUCCACCCCUUCGCUGACCACAAUCAGCUCAAAUAGUAACACAACCAGUGACGAAACCAGGAAAUAUGAUGAUUCAGCCUUGGGACAGAGCAACAAGCCACCUGACCCCAUAAUGACGCAGCAUCCUCGGUUUUCUGAAGAAACCGCAGCGUUCCUCCCCUCGGAGAGCAGUCCAGGCAGCCCAUAUCGAAGCCAGACUUCGGUGGGAACUCAGAAAACAAAGACUGAUAAACCGUGGAAACAUGUUCCUGGGAAGGAACAGGAAAAGGUGCCAGCGAAGACUGUAUAUGUCACUUUGGAUAUGUUUGAGCAUGACCAGGCCCAGUGACAGGAAGCAAACACAACGUUUGGUUGUAUUUUGAUAUACCUGGAAACUGUUCCAACAUUUUUUGGCUUUAUGCUGCACUGUGAUGUGAACAUUGCUAAAAAAAAGAAAUGCUUGGAGUUUCAACAGACUGUAAUUGAAAGUGUGUGGUGCUUCAAGCUUUACUUGUUUAAAGUAUUUAAUUGAAAACAUAAUGUUUUCAACUUUACAGCCUCGUCAAAACAUAGACCUUAUUUAAAUCUGAAUUCUUUCAUAAAAUUCAGAAAUGUUGUAUUUGUGUAUGUUAUAAUGUGGAUUCUGUGUUUAAACAACAAAACAUUUCUGUGAUUUUGACUUUGGGGUGACACCGCAUAAAGGUGCAACGAAUGUACAGUCUGUAUUAUAUUGUGUCAAAAAUCAGCAUUUCGUGCUGUCAUAUCUUGCCAUAAACAUUUGUAUCUACAAAUGUGGAUGCUUCUGUGCUUAUUUCUUUUCAAUAACUGUAAAAACUAUUCUUUUUCACUAUUUUCAU